GGGCACAAUGCCGCAGGAAGCACCGCCCCGCCAGGCAUGAGUGGCGCAGCGGCUGCCUGCGGGCCCUGGCCCCGCGGCGAGGGGCUGAGGGCGUACCCGGCGCUGCCGGUGUGGGUGGUGGAGGACCACCAGGACGUGCUGCCUUUCAUCUAUCGUGCAAUUGGUUCAAAGCAUCUGCCUGCCAGUAACAUCAGCUUUGUUCACCUUGAUUCCCACCCAGACCUCCUUAUCCCUGUGAAUAUGCCUGCAGAUACUGUGUUUGACAAAGAAGCGCUUUUUAAUGAGCUAAGUAUUGAGAACUGGAUUAUGCCUGCUGUUUAUGCUGGCCAUAUUUCUCAAGUGGUAUGGCUUCACCCACCAUGGGCUCAGCAGAUCUCAGAGGGAAAACACAAUUUCUUAGUUGGGAAAGACAUAUCAACAACUACAAUCAGGGUUACAGGUACAGAUCAUUACUUUUUAAGUGAUGGUCUUUAUGUCCCCGCUGAUCAGCUAGAAAAUCCAAAGCCUUUAAAUUUACAUGUCGUUCUCAUUAAUCCUACCGAAGCAUCAAACAGCCAGGAAAAAAAUGACAAAGUAGCAUCCGCUAAGAGACUGAAGCUAAAUACAGAUGACACAGCAAACACUGCUGCUACCUCUUCAUCAGUGGCUCCUGGUGACCACGAUAACAACUUCUCAAGUGUGAAGGACAAGGAAGUACAACAUGCUGGUGCCCUGAACAGGGCGAAAAUGUUGCCAGAAUGCUCAGCUUCAAGCUCCCUAAGAAACAAUGAAUGUCCAGUAAUGGAGGUUGCUAAAGAUAUCUGCCAAGUUCUUCAGAAUGGGGAUGCAUUUGUUUUAGACAUUGACUUAGAUUUUUUUUCAGUUAAGAAUCCAUUUAAAGAAAUGUACACAAAGACAGAAUAUGAGCUCUUACAGGAGUUGUACAAGUUCAAGAAACCUCACAGAAAUGCAACAGAGGAAGAUUUGCUGGAUUGUGUUGAAAACCGUGUCCAUCAGCUAGAAGAUCUAGAAGCAGCAUUUGCAGAUUUUUGUGACAGUGAUGACGAAGAGACCUUACAGAAGUGGGCUUCAUAUCCUGGAUUGAAACCACUUGUUCAACUAGUACAGAGUUUGAAAAGCAGAAUGGAGAGCCCAGACUAUGAAAUGGUCCAUCAGGCUGGUCUGACCUGUGAUUAUGUUGAACUUCCCCACCAUGUUAGCACCAAAGAGGAGAUUGAAGGCCUCUUACAGUCCAUGAAGAUUCUGCUGAAAAACAUACCUAAGCCCACACUUGUGACAGUUGCUCGAUCAAGUCUGGAUGACUAUUGCCCUUCAGAACAGGUUGACAUCAUUCAAGAGAAGGUUCUCAGUUUACUUGGUUUUAUGUAUGGCACUCUGGAUGUGCAUUUAGAUUACUCAAGCAAUUCAUCUUCUUUGUGAUCUUUCUUCAUGCGCUGCUUUCUAAUGCUGUAGAUGAAUUUAAAUUGUGUAUUGGCUGUUAUUUCAGCAGGUGGCACUAGAAUCCAAGCUGACCAGGAGUUUAAAUUGCAUUGCGUUUUCCAAACCAGCUGCAUCUGAACUACUACCAGUGUAGGAUUGCUCAGAUAAUUCUGCGAUUCUUAUUUUUCUGUUUUGAUUAUUCUUAACAUUGAAGCAAGAGGAACUAUGUCCACAGAAUGUAUUUUUUCACCUAAUUUCUUUAAGUAUGUUUAGAAAAGGACAUUUUAAAAAUAAAUUGAUUUCUUUUUUGUACUUAAACGUUUUGAUGAAGUUCAGUGAGUAACAGAUUUCUUCCUGAGUUACGCUGUACCUUUAAAAAAAAUAAUCUGAAAAAUGCCAUUAAAACCUUAAGUUUGCAUAAGGAUCUUUCUCAAGCACUGCUGUGCUUGAAUGGUCCAGGCACACUCCUCACAUUUUCUAGAUCAUCUUAUGGCUUCUGGCCCAUCCACAGAAUACUAUUUAUAACUUACAUUUAUAUUUUUCUAGAGUAUUUCACUGGUGACUCAGAUAAUAUGCCCAAUAUACAGACAUUGGCUUGGUCCAAGGACAGUGCAAAUACUUCUGUAAAUUGAUUUUUUUUCCUCCUUUCUGAACCAUGCUGAACAAGUAAAAAAUGUGCAUGAGGAAAGAAAGCAGCCAGAGUUCAUCUGAGUUUCAUUGGGAAUACUUCUGAUUAUAUAAUUCUGCUGUUGUACUUAGUGCAAAAAAAGUAAAUCUCCACUAAGAAUUUUUUGUUUCACAACAACAAACUGUUGUAAACUUCAGCUAAUGCACUCCACGUAACAGUAAUUCUAAAUGCAUGCAAACUUUUUUGUUGUUUUGAUUCUGAUUUUUUGCAUGUUGGAUUUUUUUGUUUGUUUGUUUUUGCUUUCUUAAGCCAGAGCACCAAGAAGCUCCAAAGACUCAGAAUAUGCUGCAUAUACUAGAAAAUACAUCACUACAGAGUCAUAGUCUGUAGUUACUAGGAUUCUCAAUGUUCUAAUUUACUACUAGGGGAAAAUGUUUUGCUAGCCUUGAAAGCCAACAAAUCAAAUGUGGAUAGACUAAUGUAAUGACUAAUACAGCAUUACAGCACUAUUAGGAAGCAUCAUAUGAUGAUAAUGAGAUAGUUAGAAAAAGUAUGGAAAAAAGAAGACAGAAGACAGGAGUGAGAAGGAGAGAGAGAAUCAGUAAAAAAACUGUUAUACCGUAUGUAUCACAUAAGUAAAAGCCAACAAACUGAAAGAGGAAAGGUUUUCUCACUUUACCUGACAGAAGUAAUGCCUCUUUGCUGUUGAACUUAAUUUCACCAUCUGCUGACUUCUCUGAGAGCACACAAAGGCCCAGAAAAUAAAUUAGUAUCUACAGAAGAAGAUGUGAGGAAUAAAGAAGAUUAAACCAUAAGAGAAAAGGUCUAUUGCACGCAUCCUUCAGUUAUGGAAAACAAAUUUUAUAUACGAUUGCUGCUUCUUGGUAAACUCUCUGAUACCUACUGGCUUUUUGCAGCCCUUGACUGCCUUAACCUGCUCCAAUAUUGAUUAACUAAUUCAGUGAAUGGCUGAAGCUGCAAAAGAACUCUGGAAGUCAUCUCAUCCAAAUACCCUACCCCAGUGAAGCAGGUCACCCAGGAGCUUGUUCAGAUUCCUGUUGAAGAUCCCUGGAGAUCUUUGAAAGGAUUAGAAUUAGUGGACCUAUUGACUAAUGCCUGAAAUAAUACUAUCCUGCUUUAUUUUUCUAUAUUACACUUCUUCUCUAUGUCCUCAAAGACUAUGUACACCCUUGAAAAUGAGCAAAGAGAGACAGAUCCCCACAGGAUAAUUUAGGUGCCUGAUUUGAAUUGAAGAACUUUUCUAACGUGUCUUAUUUUCUCUUUUAGUAAAGUGUUAAGGAAGACAGUUCUCCCGUUUUUAGGUUCUUCAGUCGAUGGCUAAAAUUUGAUUGGUGGACUCUACUCAUAAAUAGAAGAUAUUAAACAGCUUUUGCUUCAUCUGCCUUUGUCACACUGUUAAGUUCCUCACUUUAAGAGUUCACAGAUACAGAGACGAUGUGAAAAGGAUUGUAAAAAGUUAAUGACAAAAGCUAACCCUGGAAAGUAGAGUGAAACAGCAGUUGGAAACUACACAUCUGCUAAUAUUCCAUACUUUAACUUUUCUUAAUUAGUCUCAACAACUGUGAAGUAACAGUAGGAGAAACAGCGUAAAAUAUAAUACACAGGUAUAUUAAUUUAUUUGCUAAGGCAGAGAAGAAUACUGAAUUGCAGCCUGAUGCACCUAAAUAGUUCCAUGAAACUUUGGUAUGCAGUAAUUCGUGAUGAUGUUAUUGCCCUUUCUCCUAAAAUACUAUAAAUAAUGUCAUUAUUGUUAAAUAAAGUGGUUACAAUAUCUGGGGAAAAACAAACAAACAAAAACAAUGCCAGGAAGAGAAAGGAGAAAUAUAUCUUGACCUGUGUCUAGCUAACGUUUUAGCACUGAUUAUAUUGUUGUUAAAUUUUAUCUAAAUUCUGUCAAAGAAAUGCUGGAUUAAUUCUUUUUUUUUUUUCCCACAUGAAACAAGUUAAACAUUCCUACUGUUUUGAUUGGAAAAUGAAUGACAGCUGAGGAAAAUACUAUUUAUCUCAGUCUUGACAAUGAAAUAAAGUAGAAGUAAAAAGGCACUAAAUACGGAUUGCUUAGAACUUACAAGUAGAAUUAGUUGUGAUUACAAAAUUAUCUAGUUGGAGUAAAACUAGGUAAGUUUUCUAGCAAAACUAGAAGAGUGUUCUCAGGGUUCUAAUGCUUCCAAAACAUGAAGAAGUUCAUAUUUCAUAACUGAGAAUUUUCUGAAUUCUAUUAGCUGUUUCUGGAUAUCUCAUUUCAUAUAGAAUAAGACUGAGAUGGAGACUUAUGAAAUGGAGAACCAUGUAAAAAAAGUAGGCGUUGUUUUGGAUUGCUAUGUUAAAACACUACUGAGAAGGAUCAAUAAGGUUUUUGAGCGAGAAGACAUAAUUGUGCACACACUAAAUCAGGUGAUUAUCCACCAUGAAUGAAUUUAAACUGGAGUCAAAUUGUGAGAUACUUAAAACCAGUUUGGUAGUUGCGUGUUCUAGAUGCUAGGUAUAGAUAAUAAAGAAAAUUUUGUUUUCUCUUAAACUUA